CGUCGGCGGCGCGUCAGUUGCGCUCGGUGCCGCGGCCACGACGUACACUUUGCCGAUGCGGUGAGUGCGGUGCUGGCGCGAGUGGAUGCCGCCUAGCGCGGGAUGACGAGCGAAGCGGCGGCGUGCGAGCCGCCUCUCUCCACCACCGAGACGCCGGACCCAUGCCUCGAUGAGAGGAAAUAUUGGUGCUUCCUGCUGUCCAGCAUCUUCACCUUCUUGGCGGGCCUCCUCAUCGUGCUGGUGUGGCGGCUGUUUGCAUUCCUGUGUUGCCGCAAGGAGGUGCAGUAUGGGCCCAACGACCCCAAGCAGAAGGAGCAGAAGCAGGCUCGGCAGGGCAAGCAGGAGUUCGAGGGCACCUUCAUGACGGAGGCCAAGGACUGGGCGGGAGAGCUGAUCUCGGGGCAGACGACCACGGGGAGGAUACUGGUGGUGCUGGUGUUCAUUCUAAGCAUAGCGUCGCUUAUUAUCUACUUCAUCGAUGCCUCAAAUGAAGGUGUGGAGCGCUGCCAGGAAUGGAGCAACAAUAUCACGCAACAAAUCGACCUUGCCUUCAACAUAUUUUUUAUGGUCUAUUUUUUAAUAAGAUUUAUAGCCGCUAGCGAUAAGUUAUGGUUUAUGCUAGAAAUGUACUCAUUCGUAGACUAUUUCACGAUACCCCCGUCCUUUGUCUCCAUUUACUUGGACCGCACGUGGAUAGGCCUUCGAUUUCUGCGUGCGUUGCGCUUAAUGACUGUCCCGGAUAUUCUUCAAUACCUCAAUAUACUGAAGACUUCCAGCUCCAUACGACUUGCUCAGUUAGUGUCCAUAUUUAUAUCUGUUUGGCUUACAGCGGCCGGGAUCAUCCACUUGUUGGAGAACUCCGGCGACCCCUUAGAGUUCAAAAAUCCGAACCCGUUGCCCUACUGGACGUGCGUUUAUUUUUUAAUCGUGACCAUGUCCACGGUGGGCUAUGGCGACGUCUAUUGUCACACGGUGCUCGGAAGAACAUUUCUGGUGUUCUUCCUCCUGGUCGGAUUGGCGAUAUUUGCGAGUUGUAUCCCCGAGAUCAUUGACUUGAUCGGGACUAGACCAAAGUACGGCGGCACCCUGAAGAACGAAAGAGGCAGAAGGCAUAUUGUUGUGUGUGGACACAUCACCUACGAGUCGGUAUCGCAUUUUUUGAAGGAUUUCCUCCACGAAGAUCGAGAAGACGUGGACGUGGAAGUUGUUUUCUUGCACAGGAAACCACCAGACCUCGAACUGGAAGGUCUCUUCAAGAGACAUUUCACAACUGUAGAGUUCUUCCAAGGUACCAUCAUGAACCCUAUUGACCUGCAAAGGGUGAAGGUACACGAAGCAGACGCGUGCCUGGUCCUCGCGAACAAGUACUGCCAAGAUCCCGACGCGGAAGACGCAGCCAACAUCAUGAGGGUCAUCUCCAUCAAGAACUACAGCGACGACAUCAGGGUUAUCAUCCAACUGAUGCAGUACCACAACAAGGCGUACCUUCUCAACAUUCCGUCUUGGGACUGGAAGCAGGGCGACGACGUGAUCUGCCUGGCCGAACUCAAGUUGGGCUUCAUAGCGCAGUCUUGCCUGGCGCCAGGUUUCUCGACGAUGAUGGCGAACUUGUUCGCCAUGCGUUCCUUCAAAACGUCCCCCGAUACGCAAGUCUGGCAGAACGAUUACCUGCAAGGCACGGGAUGCGAGAUGUACACUGAGACUCUGUCCCCCUCGUUCACAGGCAUGACAUUUCCCCAGGCCAGCGAGUUAUGCUUCACCAAGCUGAAACUUCUGCUAUUAGCCAUCGAAGUGAAAGGUACGGAAGGUGCGGACACCAAGAUUUCGAUCAACCCGAGGGGAGCGAAGAUCGUCGCAAAUACUCAGGGAUUCUUUAUUGCGCAGUCGGCGGACGAGGUGAAAAGGGCUUGGUUCUAUUGCAAGGCGUGUCACGAAGACAUCAAGGAUGAAACGCUGAUCAAAAAAUGCAAAUGCAAAAACUAUGUUGGAAUGAUCAUGAUGCAGACAGGCAUGGUCAAACAAGGCCUUAACGCCGCCUAUCAAAGAUGCCUGGAUGUGGCUACGUUCAGGAAAGGCGUGAGGGCCAUUCAAAUGGUUGGCCGUGCAAGCGAGGACUUCACGUACUCAAAUGACCAUCAUCCUCCUCCUACCUUCACACCACCAGAGUUGCCCAAGAAAGUUCAUGUCCGAGGUGACAUGAACAGGCAUGACGAAAUGCACUUGACUCCGCGCAACCACAACCAGCAGAGGAACAGCACAGUCCCCAACAUGGUAAAUUCAAUAAAACAAGUAAACAAAGUAAAACCAAACGUGACAAGACAAGAAAACAUAGUAUCACCUGGUUAUAACUCAAGACCACCGGAGCAGGAUACUACAACUUAUGCCGGCUAUCAUCUUGCCUAUGAAGUCAAAAAACUCAUGCCGACCAGCAGGAGCAGCGGCGGCACCAACCAAAACAACAACGGUGUCGCGCUUCCGGUAGGUCUGGCCGAUGACCAAGCCAAAGACUUCGACUUUGAAAAGACUGAAAUGAAGUACGACAGCACAGGGAUGUUCCACUGGGGGCCGGCGAAGAACCUCGAAGAGUGCAUUCUCGACCGCAACCAGGCGGCCAUGACGGUGUUGAACGGUCACGUGGUGGUGUGCCUGUUCGCCGACCCCGAUUCCCCGCUCAUAGGCCUUCGAAAUCUCGUGAUGCCUCUGAGGGCCAGCAAUUUCCAUUACCACGAGCUCAAGCACGUGGUGAUCGUAGGCUCGGUAGACUACAUUAGGAGAGAGUGGAAGAUGCUUCAAAAUCUUCCCAAAAUAUCGGUGCUAAAUGGUUCUCCCUUGAGUAGGGCCGAUUUGCGUGCUGUGAACGUAAACCUAUGUGAUAUGUGCUGCAUCCUCUCAGCGAAAGUGCCAAGCAAUGACGAUCCGACAUUGGCCGACAAGGAGGCCAUUCUGGCGUCACUUAACAUAAAAGCCAUGACUUUCGAUGACACGAUUGGGGUUCUUAGUCAGACCAACGGGGAUAACGAGGCUGGGACUCCAGUCGGAAGCCCUAUUAUUCUUCAAAGGCGAGGAUCGGUCUACGGGGCCAACGUUCCCAUGAUUACUGAGUUAGUAAACGACAGCAACGUACAGUUCUUAGACCAAGACGACGAUGAUGAUCCCGAUACCGAACUGUACCUAACCCAACCGUUCGCUUGUGGUACCGCCUUCGCUGUUAGUGUGUUAGAUUCUUUAAUGUCUACAACGUAUUUCAAUCAAAAUGCCUUAACGUUAAUUCGUUCCCUAAUCACCGGAGGCGCUACGCCAGAACUAGAGUUAAUUUUGGCCGAAGGAGCAGGCCUUCGCGGAGGCUACAGCACACCAGACAGCUUAUCCAACAGGGACCGAUGUCGAGUGGGCCAAAUUUCUCUCUACGACGGGCCUCUAGCCCAGUACGGAGAAACAGGAAAAUACGGAGACUUGUUUGUGGCUGCGCUUAAACAGUUUGGAAUGUUGUGUAUAGGACUUUAUAGGUUUAGGGACACGAGUUCGUCGUGCGACGCAAGCAGUAAAAGAUACGUCAUCACGAAUCCGCCAGACGACUUUCAGUUGUUACCCACAGACCAGGUCUUCGUCUUGAUGCAGUUCGACCCUGGUUUGGAGUACAAGCAGGUCCGGGGCCGUACAGGGACGGGCCAAGGUAGCGGGACGGGCGGUGGAGGCACGAACAAGGACGACAACUCCUGACUACUACUUUGUAGCGCCCUUACGGACGGACCCUACUCGUACAUCUAAAGACAAGAGCGGUCCAAGAUUGUACCCACCAUUCCAAAGCCCCUUUUCCAUUGGGUGUUUUCUGUUUUCUUUACCUAUAAUAAUCUAUACCAAUAUAUAUGUGGUUGGUUCCGACGAAUGCAUGUUUUGUUGUGUUCGAAUUGGUUCAUCGGGAUUAAAGGGUUUAUUUUUCGUUUAGUGGUAAAUUGAGUUUUAUUUUAACUGUGGGUGUCAUUCUACUAACACGGUAAGGUCGCUACAACUUUACGAACAAUUUCUUCAUAAUCGAACUCUUCUUAAUGAGUGCUUAAUUAUGGACUUAAUACUGGACACUUGUUUAUAAAUUGUAAAAUAAAUUAGAGACGCUGAAUUUUUUAAAUCCGCUGUUGUGCCAUGUGAAUAGACUGAGUGAAAUCAAGAGCUUUUUAUAGGGUGUAUAAAUGAUGUAUAUAGUUGUUAGAGAGUACAGAGGUGGGUAUUUAAAUGACCUAAUUGUUGCGUUAUAAUAGAUUUUUUUACAACCGUUAUUUACUUAACCUUAACAUAGUUUAUUGACGUACAGGAAUUGUAAGAUAUGUACAUUUCAAGAUAUUUCAAUUGUGAUAUUGUAAAUAAUUAGUUGAUAGUUAUGGGGUUUUCUGAUUUGUACACGCUAUGUUUGUGUAAUUGUUAAGUUUUUUAGGGUUAGGGACGUUUUCCCUUAUUUAGCAAUAUUUUACAAAUGACAAAAUACACCAAGUCCCCUCCCUCGGAUCGUGCUUUACCCGUAGUUUCAUGGUCGGUGUGUCGUAGUCGUGGUAAAAAACCCAUCUCUGACAACAUGGCGAAUCGAUGCUAACAAUCUCACAUGUGUGUCUUGUUAUUUAUAUAUAAAAAUAAACGUACUGUAACAUUUACAUCAUCCACCAUCACCUAUUUUCGAAAUUACCGUCGUUUUUUACCCCUACCACCAACUAAGCGCGUCUACGAACAGCGCCAUCUUCAGUACACACACAUACACAUAAAUGUUGUUCACGCUUCGAAUUUCAACCAUAAGAGCAGUUGGUUGUAGGAGUAACUGCUCUCAUAGGUUUAGGGCUUUUUUUAGUAUUUUAUUAUGGAUUUUCUACGUAACAGUGAUACACUGAAUGUUGCUGUGGACUUCAACACAAGAUGGCACCACCACGCAAUCAACUUGUCCAUUUCGUGUGGCCACCCCGUAUAGAAGAUCCACGCAAUUUAAUUACUACUGUUGUUGAUGUUACUGAUUGUUAAGCAAUUGUACAUAAAAUGUGCGAUAUUCGAAAAUACAGAAGCUCUAUUUGAAUAAAUAUCAAAUUUA